GGAAGCCUCACAGUCACAAGUAGGAACACAACACAAGACAGUAAAUAUGGCGGCCUCGUGUUCAGUAGUGUGCUGUGAGGAAGAGAGAGACUCGGAUAAAGCAGUUAUAGUUCGCUUUUCCAAUGGCAACGUCCAAAACGGAGAGAAACUGGACUUCAUCACGUACAAGAGCGUAGAUCAGGUCAACCCCAGGAAAAAAAACAGACUGAUGAUGGUGGCUGAAACGGAAAGGAUGUCCUAUGUUGGGCAAAACUUUGGAGCGAGUUCUCUAAAAUGCAACAGCCUCUGCAAGUAUUAUGUUGGAGUGUUGAACAAGCACACCAUGCAAAUGGAACUGCAUAAUGCACAGCUCUUCAACAUGCAACCUGUUGUAUCAGGAGAAACGGUGGUGACGGCCAACCCCAAAGACGCGGCUCAGACCUACAAAGAAAAAGUUGACACUCUGAUUGAGGCGUUUGGCACCAACAAACAGAAGAGAGCCCUGAGCUCGCGCAGGCUGAACCAGGUUGGCAGCGAUAUUCUGCACCAAGCUGUCGCAAAGGCUGCCAACACCGUCAUCGAUGAGAAAGGUCUGGAAGCUUUGCAGCAGGAAGUGGCCGAGACUGAGUCGCAGGCAGAACUUGCUCUCCACCUUCCUCCCUGUAACAUGGACGCAGACGUGCCUGAGAAUGUCUACCCGUUGGAUGAGCUCCUAAGUCCAGUGGACUUCAAGGCUUUGGAGCAGGCUGGUUCUAAGAUGGCAGCAUUCACUUCUGAGGAGCUGCAGAAUAUGAAAGACAGUGGAGGGGCUCUGUCUGUGAUGAAGCACCUAGAGAGAUUGCCCAGCGUCGGUGAAGCCCGUGACAAGAUGGCAUGCUGUGCCUUUUACCUUUCCCUGCUCAUCAAACUAUCACGACAGAAGAGCGUCAGCCGCAAGUUCGGCGUAGAGGAAGGCUGCCCUCGUACUGUGCAGACCAAGCUAUUUAGGACAUUCACAGUGGAGACCUUCAACAACGGAAAGGUCCAGAACAUGGUUUCGGCAUCAAUGCAUGCCAAAUUGGCAACAUACUGCCUGGCUCUACUGCUCCACAUGGGUCACAUGACAGCUGACCUCACAUUACUGCAUCGGGACCUGGCAAUCAGCGAGGCCAGGGUAGUCGAAGUUGCAAAGUCGAUGGGGCUGACCCUGGCAAAGCCGCCCCGUACAAAGGAGACUGAGGCAGACCUCCACGACAAACACAAACAGGCCUCCCUUGUUCUCCCUCUGGUCAAAUACCAUCAGUUGGCGGAGAGACGGAAACGCAAGAAGAUGCACUGACGACAAGAAAGUGCAGAAUAUAUGGAAAAACUACCUGUAACUUCAGGCUUCAUUGUGCUACAGCACGGGUGGGCAAACUUUGAAUUGUUGGCCACAAAAUUGUCCGGGGGGCCAGACUAUGUAUUUGAUACACGCACACUGGUUUAUAAUUCCAACAGUCCACCUGGAAUUAUUUGCCUUAUUUUAUCUGUUAAAGUGCCAUACAAUCUGCUAUAUGUGCUUGUGUCCGUUUUUUCAGUAGCACUUUAAACACAUCACACAUCAAAUAACAAAAUUUAAUUUUACAGUGUUUUCUUACUGAGUAAGACAUGCGGAAUGUACAUGAAUAAAGGAUGUGUGAUACAAUUAACAACAUCAACUAUGAAUGAUAAAACAUGGACUAUUCAAGAGUAUGUGAAUGUCCCUCCUUUUUUAUGUCUCAGUGCAGUGGGUAGGUUAAGUUGUUUGACUUGAGUUUGUUUGGCACCAUGGGUGAGGUAGUUGGCUUGGUAGAUGGCUGCAUGUGAAAGCAAUGAAAAUGUUGUCUCAGAUUGACUGACUCUUGUAUGUUAAAACUUUAAAUGAAAUACUUUAGAAGCAACUGGUGGGCCAGAUGUGGCCCCCAGGCCGUAGUUUACCUAGCCCUGUGCUACAGUCAUGUUAGCCGUAUAAACCAUGUCUGCUCACUCCUGCCCCUCCAUCAGAGCUUAACGUGCACCUCCAAUAAAAAGCUAAGAUGUCCAACAAGUCAUGAAAGGAAAUUGCCGAAAAUACAGCUACACUGUAUCACAGUGCUUCUGGAGAGAAAUCUUUUUGCGCCCCCCCUCCCGAUUUGAAAUACUAUUGAGAAACUGAUAUCUACAUGUCUGUACUGUACAGACAGAACUCAAAAGUGAAACCAGCGAAAUGUAACAAAAUGGAGAGCAGUGAAACAUACGAGCGUAUUCAAACGUCAAAUUGCAUGCUCGGUAUGACAAAUCCAUACAUGUUGGUAGGUCUGCGCAAAUAGUGAAAGUCCUCCUUGCCUCUCACACACCCCGACAGUUCACUGUCCCCCCUCAGGGGGAACCCGCCCCGCUAUUGAGAAGCACUGGUAGCAUAAUGAAGCCUUUACUGUGACAUUGUAAAGUGUCUAGCUGCUCAGUCUCGGAGCUGAUGAUGAAUGCAGGAUAAAUAUACAGUAACAUACAAUUAUUAAUUCCUGCAGUAUCUAUAAAAUUCUACUAGGUAACAGUAUCACACUGCAUUAUUUUAGUGAUUAACUUCUUUGCACAUUUACAACAGAAUGUUAAAAUGUUACUUACGACCUGUAGAGUAAACCAAGGUUCUAUAAAAGUUUGAGACUGGAACAGAUUGAUUCACUUCAUUUUAUUUUAUAUUGAAAAUGUGUUUUAAAAUGAGAGAAACCAGAAUCCAGUCUUUGUGCUUGACAUUGGAGGUGCAAUUUUACAAAUCUUUCUUUGAGGCAUGUUGAGGGCAGUGAGACGUCUAUGUUCACUCUUGGCAAAGUCGCUGUAAAGGUUCAUCAUUAAGUGCUUAUCACAGGAUGGAGCAGAACAUGCUGCCACUGUGGCAACCAUUCUCCACCGUGGCGCUGAUCCUGGUCGUCAUAGAGAUUCCCAGUCGGGAGGGAUAUUGGGAGGAGGAUAGUCCUGAAGGUGAACUGCACAGUGGUCGAGGGGGUGGGUUAUCCAGAAUCCAUGUAGGGACAGAGGUACAACUAUGGAACAAAAGCAAAAAAAUCUGGAUCAUUGCACAUGCAGAGUUGAAUACAUCCCAGCACAUUGUCGGUUGCUGAGUUACCUGCUAUUAUGUCUUAAAAUACUGUUGUUGCGUAACACACAACUCUUGUUGCCAGGGUUCAGGUGUAAAAGACCUUUUUGGCUUUCUGGGUGACCCUGGAACAGCUGGUUAUCAGAGACCACUGCUUUUACUGAUCCCAGCACAGCAAUACCACAACCCAGUGCUGGCUGGACACGGUUGUGAAGCACCUGUGGGCGACAAUGAAAAAGUGACACGUUAGCAAACGUAUCAUUUACAGAAAAAAAUAAAAGUGAGUACACUCCUCAGCAGGCAUUUAUAUUACAGUAUAUCUAAAGAGACAAUACUAUAGAAAGCUUGUAUAGCAGUAUAGGUUUACUAUCCAUGCAGUUCUUGUCUACAUAGCUGGUAACACAAGUGAGUAGCAAGAUAAUUGUGUCUUGCCUACAGUUAAGUAUGGUCGUGGUAGCAUCUUUGUAUGGGGCUGCAUGAGUGCUGCCGACACUGGGGAGCUGCAGUAAAUCAAGAGGAAACGUAAAAAAUUCUAGAAACUCCAAAAGUCUAUUCAUGCCGACACCGGGGAGCUGCGGUUAAUCAAGAGGAAACGUAAAAAAUUCUAGAAACUCCAAAAGUCUAUUCAAUUUACAUUUAAAAUCGCAUUUAAAAGUAAGCUGUUGUAGCCUAAAAAAACAAGAAAUGACCAAAAAAAGAACUGAAUCAUGAGAUGUAUUCCAUUGUAACCUUCAUGCAUGUUCAAAUAAAAUUCAACCAAACCAAACCAAUCUCACCUGUGCAAAAAUUGUUGCCAAUAAAACAAAGCCGAACAAAGUAGGCGUAUAUGCGGAGAUGCUUUUUUAUAUUUAAAGAAAAAAAGAGUCUGCAUCUCAGCUUUGUUAUCAGUGACAAAGCGUAUUAUUAGUAUGCAUUAACUUUUUCUACUUACAUUAUGUUUUUUGCUAGUUUUUCUAUUUUUGCUGUUUCUUUCAACUUCUUCAUUUUUUCUAAUUUUUCAAAGUCUUUAUUUUCAUAAUAUUUUGACUUUAUUAUUGUAAAAUAACAUUUACUGUAAUUUUCCUAAAAUUUCAACUUAAUUCUUUGUUCUAUUUCCCAUGUCACAACUUUUUCCCAUUUCGACGUCUUUCUAGUUCAGCUUUAUACUCUUUUUUUUUCUGUUAAUAUUACGACUUUAUUCUCUUAAUAUUUCGUUAUUGUUGUUAAAAAUUACUGCUUUUCCAUUUUUACUGUUGUUUUUUUGGUUUACUAGUUAAUUCAUAGCUUUAAAAUGUGCUGAUGCAUUUUGGACACCCGUUAUGAAGCUUUCGAGGCUGUCUAGGCACCAACGGAAUAUAAUAGACAGCACAAGAGGGCACGGUUUUGCAUGAGU